AUCUUUCUGUCCACUCGCCUCCAAAAUGCACCGGCCUUUGCGAAUACUUGCACCGUCAAAGCCAACAUCAAAGUUUGUCGCGACGAACUUUACAAAUCUAGUUACAUGUUGUCCUUAUUUCUUAUGCUCUUCCAUUGAAGUUACUGUGUUUGCAGUAGGUACCUGAUUAUUUCCUCACCAUUUCUCACAUGUGCAGUGUUUCAGGUGAUGAUGUGUGCAGUGUUUCAGUUGAUGAUGUGUUCAGUGUUUCAGGUGAUGAUGUGUUCAGUGUUUCAGGUGAUGAUGUGUGCAGUGCUUCAGGUGAUGAUGUGUUCAGUGUUUCAGGUGAUGAUGUGUGCAGUGCUUCAGGUGAAGAUGUGUACCAGCUGCAUUGUUCCUCACCACCUCUUUCUUUUCCUCAUCCUCAUGUUCAUCACAGUUCCUGUAUCAGCUGUCACUACUGUAAAGGUGGAGUUUAAUCAGACUGCUGCUCUGCCCUGUAAUCGGAGAUGUUUUCGUCAUGUCACAUGGACCCUGUUCAAUAACCCAGAUUAUAUAGUGGCUCGGUGUGAUCAGACAACCUGCUGGCCAGCAGAAGGAUUUAAAAUCUCCCAUAAUCAGUAUCUGAAGAGAGAUCUGACCCUCACCAUCACUGUAGCUGAUUACAGUAAGAGGAACAUAUACACGUGUCAGUGUGAUGGCAAAGAUGUUAAUGAUGUGCGUCUCAGCAUCAAGUCCAUCAUCUCAUCAGUUCAGGUGAAUCCUUGUGAAGAUCUACAGCUGAAUUUGCACAUAUCAGACCAAGUGGAGGUGAUCUUUAAACACAGAAAUUCAACAGAUCCACAUGGUGUACAGAUCUGCAGUGUGUGUAAAAGCUCACUAAACUGUACAGCUGAAUACACACAGAGAACAUCACUCACUAACACACUUCUUACACUGAGAGGAGUAAAGAGGACUGAUGAUGGAGAUUACAUCGUCACAGACACAGAGUAUAACGAGAAACUUCAUAUUUACUCAGUAACAGUAAGCGAUCAGAACAAAGAUCAGGAGUGUGAUCUACCAAUGUGGGCGCUCAUCCUGAUAGCGGUGCUUCUGGUUGCUGCACUGAUUGUGAUAAUCCUGAUCCUGAGGAUUAUAUAUCACUGUAACCGAAGAGGUGAUUAUAUUGUACAGAGGCCCAAGAAUGGAGCAGGAGAACUUCAGAGCUUUAAUGGCACAAUAAAAAUGAACCUAAUGGAGAACUGAUGUUAAGACAGAGUGAGAACGAAAGUGACAAGUAGUAACAGAUGGAAGAGUCCAAGAGAUCAAAACUCAAAUGGGAGCACAGGAAUAAAUGACAUUUAUCUGGAUCUACAGCUUUCUCCGUCCCUUUGCGCUUCACAACAACUGAAGAACAUGACCUGACUACAGAAUCUGCUCAGAUCCUCACACAAGUUGUCAGGUCUAGACCAGACUACUGCAGAUCUCUUUUGGAAUCAGACCCUGGUUUAGAUGUCCACACCUACACACCACAUCAUCAAGCCUUCAAACUCAUGGCUUAUAUCCUCUGUCCUUCUCUGGGAUCUGCUUCAGUCCUGGUUCCUCAGAAGUGUGAUGUGUGUCCACUGUGGGAAAAUAAUCUUAAGUCAUUGUUUUAUUUCCUUUUAGUUCUAGCAUAUUUUUGUGGAUCAUGCUGAAGCCAAAUCGAGUUACAAUGCAUGUUAAAUUCAAACUUUACAUUAGUUUUGUGGUUCCUGUAUCUCAUUAAUAUGAAAGGAAAGGGCAAGGUAACUCAGGGUAUCAUCUGUCCCUUUGUGACAUCUGUCCCAUUGUUUAAGGUGGCCAUUUGAUUCAAGAAGGAAUGCCAAGCGUUAGAGGUGAAUUCAUUCCUAUGAUAAUGAAGGGGUCUGAGAAAGACUGUUGUGUUAGAUGGUUACAGCACUGGACCUCUCUCUCCAUCCCCUCUGUUCUAUACACCACCCCAUGUUUUGCACUGACACUAAUUCUGGACUGUCACUGUCACUCUGGACUUGCACAGCACAGUGCCACUUUACUGUAUACACCAUAUACACUAUUUACACACCAUACUUCACCUGGACACUUUAAGGACAAUCUAUAAAAACCAUACAUAUUUAUAUUUAUUUCUGUAUAUGUAUAUACAUUAUCUCUCCAUUUCUCCAUCUAUAGUUUCAU